AUGACUUUUGCAGAUAUCCUGGACAACCUGGGAGGCAUGGGCCGCUUCCAAAGGAUGUCCGUCGCCUUCCUGGCCAUCCCUCUGAUGUUUCUGGCCAACCACAACCUCCUGCAGAAUUUCACGGCAGGGAUCCCCGAGCACCACUGCCGGCCCCGCAUCACGGCCAACCACACCCGCCAUGCCAGCAACCUCACCCAGCAGCUGGGAGCCGAGAGCUCCCUCCGGAUUUCCAUCCCGAUGGAUGAGAACAAGCAGGUAGAGAAGUGCCGCCGCUUCGUCACCACCCAGUGGCGGCUCCUGGAUCCAAACGCUACCCUCCCCAGCAACGCCGUGGUGGACACUGAGCCAUGUGUUGAUGGGUGGAUCUACGACAGGAGCAUGUUCACCAACACCAUCAUCAGUGAGGUGAGAGAGAGCAGCCCUCUCUAUCUGGACCAUCCUUGAGAGAGUGGGGUUGAGGAUAAGUGGCUGGGAGGUCCAUCGUGCAGUGGUAGAGCACCUGCUUGGAGUGUCCCCUGCCUGAAACCCUGAAGAGCCACUGCAAGUCCACUACAUGGACCAGUGGUCUGAUUCAGUAGAAGGCAGCUUCCCAAGCUCCUUAGUUAAGAACCAUGAGGUCUAGAAUCUUAACUUUUUUAAAAAGGGAAAGGAGCAUAUAUUAUUUACAUACAGAAGGUCCCUGCUUCAAUUCCUAAUGGCACCUGGAAAACCCUUGCCAGUCAGUGCAGCCAGAGUUUCCCAAACCUGGGUCUCCAGCUGUUGUUGGACUACAACUCCCAUCAUUCCUAGCUAGCAGGACCAAUGGUCAGGGAUGGUGGGAACUGUAGUCCAAAAACAGCUGGAGACCCAAGUUUGGGAAACCCUUGUGUAGACUAUAUUGAGCCAAAUAGACCAAUGGUGUAACUUGGUGUAAGUAAGGCAUGUUCCUGUCCUGCCAUGGACAAAUGAGGCAACAGUUUUUCAUAGAGCUGAAAAGAGUCAUAGGGCUGGAGGAGAUAUUAGGUUUGCAUUCACCCUUUCACGCAAAGCUCCCUAAUUUACACCUCCCGAAACAAUAUGCAAACCCCUAAGCAUCUGUCCUUCAAAAUUCGCACUUCUCCAGAGUUUUGGGUGCUAUUCACUUGCCAAAUAACGUGAACAAAAAUAUGUGACUCGGGGGAAGAAAGAGCAUGCAAUAUUGCAUUAUAUGAGGAAAUUGCUUGCAAAAAUAUGUACAUUAGGCAAAAUUGCAUGCAUAAAUAUGUAUAUUAGAAGAGAGAGUCACACCAAAAUGCUGAAUUCUAAAGAGCCGCUUUAAAAGACAAAAGAAAUCAGAACAGAUGCUCAAGCAAGACUGAACAUUUUAUAUUUCUGGCAUAAACCUUGUGCAAGCAAAUCAGUUUUUGUACACCUCAUUAAAUUUUGUAGACCCAAAGCACCUUAUAGCAGCAGAUCUGUCAGGGAUGUCAGCUAUAACAGCCAGAGGUUCAGAGUGUGUGGAGUCAAAAUGUAACAGCAAAAGGGAGGGAUUUCUUCACAUCUGGCACAUAAUGAUAUGGCGUUUUUCAAGCCUAAGAAUCUGUAUUUCAGUGUCUACAAGUGGGAUCUGUAGCAAAAUGUCCAAGCUUCCUGCCAGCCAUGCCUUUCCUCAGAGAUCCCAUCCAUUCUGCAUUGGCUCCCAGUGCAUUUCCGAGCACAAUUCAAACUGUUGGUGCUGACCUUUAAAGCCCUAAACGGCCUCAGUCCAGUAUACCUGAAGGAGCGUCUCCACCCCCAUCGUUCAGCCUGGAUAUUGGGGUCCAACUCUAAGGGCCUUCUGGUGGUUCCCUCACUGCGAGAAGUGAGGUUACAGGGAACCAGGCAGAGGACCUUCUCGGUAGUGGUGCCCACCCUGUGGAACGCCCUCCCAUCAGAUGUCAAAGAAAUAAACAACUAUCUGACUUUUAGAAGACAUCUGAAGGCAGCCCUGUUUAGGGAAGUUUUUAAUGUUUAAUGCUGGGGAAACCCAGCCAGAUGGACAGGGUAUAAAUAAAUUUUUUAUUUUUAUUUUUAUUUUUAUUUCCCCCCAAUCUACCAGCUAGCAUGCUAAGUGCAAAUUGGACUGGGGGGGGGUGUUCCUCUGAGCUAGAUUCCUUCCUCCUUGUGCAUGGAUUUUGGAUGCGUGAGAGAGCGAGGUUACUAUUAGUAGGUAGGAUGAAUCGGUAGCAUCAGAAACAUGGACAUAAAACGUUUGCACCUAUUUGUAAAUGUACAAACAAAUAAGCAGCUUCUUUAAAUGAUGACUUCCCUAAGUUACUCCUUAUCCCCUUUCAGCACUCUACCUUGUUCACAGUUAUAUUAUCUAAAGGGGGGUAUUUAAGGAUUGUUAUGAGUCAUUGUUUUCAGCACCUUUGUAAUGAGUCAUUGUUUUCAUUGCCUUCGCCUGAAGUUCACCAGUCACAUAAUUUUUCCUCUGGGACACUGGAAACAGAUUCCGCGCUGAAAAUAGGUUUCCAGGCUCAGAAAUUAAGCCCCGCUGUGGGGCUGCCUCAAAUGUUAUGUCCACCUUUGUUCUCACACAGUCUCUGCUCCCCCCCACCUCAAUUUUUAGUGGGAUUUGGUGUGCGAUUCCCGGACCCUGAGGCAGAUGGCCCAGUCCAUCUACAUGGCCGGAGUGCUGAUCGGAUCGGUGCUGUUUGGCAACCUCUCGGACAGGUGAGGUCCAAGGCCGGUUGCCAUGGCUACAAACAACAAAGCCGGAUGGAUCCCCCCCCAUUCCCCAGUUCAAUUUGUGGGGGUUGGUUGUCCCCUUCCUCUGGGGUAUAAUAACAGCUCUUGAAAUCAAUGUGGUUGGGGCUGUGGGUGAGGGAUGUGGGCGUGGCCUGUUGCGUGGCCACCUGGAUCGAGGGGUGGAGCCUAAAACAGGUAUUAUUGUGAAGCCAGUGGACCUAUCAGGCUCCAGCUGAAAGUUUAAACUCUUUGCAAGUCCAAAUACCUCUAGGAAUCCUAAAGAGCUACUGUGGGCAGGGACGAUGGUAGCCCAAAAACUGUCAUAGAAUUGUACUCAGUAUUGAUCCAGAGCAGAUUCCAAUGUAUAGUUAGCGGAGUAAAAACUUAACCACGUUGCAGGAUUGCCCCCCAAAAAUAGUCCAGAGGUAAUUAAUAUUUCAUCCAGCAGAGCUUUACUGCUAUUGAAGGCAAAUGAGCAUAAUGGUCACAAAUCCAAUACAUUCAGGAUUGGCCCUUCCACAAGAAAUCCAGUUGCAACAGACUUAACUUAAACUUGCAAUAACUUAUAAUAAGACUAAACCUUAACACUAUACAGUGGUACCUUGGUUCUCAAACUUAAUCCAUUCCGGAAGUCCGUUCCAAAACCAAAGCGUUCCAAAACCAAAGCAUGCUUUCCCACAGAAAGUAAUGCAAAAUGGAUUAAUCUGUUCUAGACUUUUAAAAAAACCCCUGAAACAGCAAUUUCAAAUGAAUUUUACUAUCUAACGAGACCAUUGAUCCAUAAAAUAUAAGCAACAAACAAUGUACUGCAGUCACACAAUCAAUCAAUCAGUAGCUGAACUGGGUUCCAUACACUCACAAAAACAAAAUAAAAAGAGCCGCAAAAACAAAAACGCAAAAUAAAUUGCAAAAACAGACAGACCUCAGCAUAACACUCAAAACAAAAGUGUGGCACUCAAAACGGAAGUGUAACACUCCAAACAGAGCACGUUCGGCUUCCGAAAAAGUUCACAAACUGGAACACUUACUUCUGGGUUUGGAGUGUUUGGGUUCCAAGUUGUUUGAGUACCAAGGCAUUUGAGAACCAAGGUACCACUGUAUACAGAACACCACACCAGAGAUAGAAAGAGAAAGUGAAACCUAGCCUCCUUCUGACCUUUCUUUUAUAGUCAGCAUGACCUUGACAGAAGAGAUAAGAGAACCCAUUUAAACCAGCUGUACUCAGCUUCUCUGAAGGAAUAACCCAAACAUCAUGAACCUUCUGCUUGCUUCUUUCACACAGAGAAGCUUCCAGAACCCUCUUGAAUUAAUUAGACUAAGAAAGAUCUCUAGACAUCAGGUCAAUACUUUCUGCACUAAGAAAUGCAAACUGGCAACAACAUCAGAAGGGUCCCAUCUCUGCAGUGAAGAAGGGAGACGGGCCAUAGCCAAAUGGAAGCGUAUCUGCUUUGCACACCUGAGUUCCCAGUUUCAUCCCAGGUGUGUUCAGGUGGGGUUGGGAAGCUCCCCUGCCUGAAACCCUGGAGAGUCAAAGCCAGUCCAUGGAGACAACAGUGAGCUAGAUAGACCAAUGGCCUGAUGUGGUAUAUAAGGGAGUUUUUUUAGGCUCCUCUUAGCUUCACAUUAAGACAUGUUCAACUCCAUCAUUUAGGUUUGGCCGGAAAGCCCUCAUCGUCUGGAGCUACCUGCUGAUGGGGGUGGCGGGCACCUCCACUGCCUUCUCGCCAAACUACACGGCUUACUGCGUUUUCCGCUUCCUGUGUGGAAUGGCCAUGUCGGGGGUAGCGAUUAACUCCGUCUCCCUGUGUGAGUACUUCGACGCUCCUCUCUCGCUGGCCAAGUCCUCAAGCAGCCCUUCACAAGCCACCUGAGAAGAACAGGCCCACUUCCAUUUCAUCCUACAAACCGGGGAUGGGGAACCUCAGGUCCCAGGGCCAAGGGUAGCCCCCAAGGCCUGUCUAACUGGCCGCCGUGACUCUCCUCAGACACCCCCCCCUUUCCCUAGGCAAUACCUUUCGCUGGCCCUGAGGGGUUUUUGUCUGGAGGGAACGUGCCCUUGCACUCUGACAAUGCCUCUUGCUUGUGGAUAUUUGGUGGAGCAUGAGACUCUUCAUUUCAGGGUUGUGGGUUCGAGCCCCACAUGGGGCAAAAAGGGGGUUGGGCUAGAUGACCCUUGUGGUGCCUUCCAACUCUCUAAAUUAUAUAUAUAUAUAUAUAUAUAUAUAUAUAUAUAUAUAUAUAUAUAGCAUCAUUUUCCACAGUUAUUAAACAUACUUUUAUAUCUUAUACAAUUUUUUUGACUUCCAUCAAUCACAUCUGAAAAUUUUCCAAUCUUUUCCACUUAAUUUACAUUUCUUACUUUCACUAUUACAUUUAAGUAUCAUAAGUAAUGUCUCUCCUCUUUAUCUUCUUUGCAAUAUUUCAUAUAUUCCUCCUUACAAAACUUCUUGUAGUCCUACUAGCGUAAUUUGCUCUUCAAAUAGUUCGUAUAUUUCUUCCAAUCUUCUGUGAAUCUCUUGUGGUGCCUUCCAACUCUAUAAUUCUAUGACUGUCUGGAUGGAAAAUGGAGAGGGUGUGUGUGUAUUUAGAAACAAGCCUACUUUACAAGGGGAAAAGUUUAUAUUUUAACUGUACUAAGCCAGCACUUCUACACACUUUAUUUUUGUAUAUUGAAACAUUGCUCCCAAUUUGAAAAGAAAAACCUACGCCUUUUUAAUCUACGUGACUAUAACAGCUCUGUGUUUCGGUGCCCUGUCCACUCAAUCAACUCCCAUGGCACUUAAUCAACUUGAAUUUGAGUCAACAGCUCAGGUUCAAAGGUGCAUCAUGGGGAAAAGAAAACGAUAUCUUAGCUAGGCAACUAAUGUACGACUCCUACCCUGAACAGCAAUUGCGGCAAGAAAGUGGUACCCAUAAUUGUUACCUGCGCACUUUUAUCGUUUUUACUCACCCUGCUCCUCUGACAUCGGUUGCCAACCUGAAAAAAGCAGCUUUUAAAAAAAAAAUGUAUCCUUUUCUCCUUCCCCAGGCAUGGAGUGGAUUCCGACCAAGUACCGUGCCAUUGUUGGCACCAUCAACGGUUAUGGCUACACCUCUGGGCAGUUCAUCCUGGCUGGACUGGCGUACGCCAUCCCUGGCUGGCGCUGGCUGCAGCUGACAGUCUCCCUGCCUUUCUUUGUAUUCUUCCUCUACUCCUGGUAGGUCAGUGUGGUCUGCUGGCAGUGGCGCCACCAGGGCAGGACUUUGGGGCAGAGAAGCCCAAAGCACAGCAGCAGGAGCAGGAGGGAUCAGGCCGCCCCGUACAUCAGGGCUGGCUUGACACAUUUUGCAGCAAGUGAAGUAAUACACAUGGCUGGGUCCUGCUCGCCGCAGGUCCCAAUCCCAGACACGGAGAGUGGAAGGUGCUCCAAGCUCACUGUGGGUUACUCUGCAUUUUUAAAUCGGUCCCAGUAUAUCCUUCCAACAAGAGUGGGAAAACAUUUCAGUCCAAGGGCCACAUUCCUUGCGAAUGACUUCCCUGGGGCCACAAGACAGUGGUGGGCAGGGCCAAAGGGAAAAGAGGGCACGGCAGCAGGUGUGAAUCUUACCUUUCUCCAGGAGGCUAUAUUUCAGCCACGCCAAAAUCAGACUUCUCCAUCCAGGCAAGCAACAGACAAAUACUAGAAGGCAGAAGCAGUCAAGGAGUGGUGGGAUGCAGAGGAAUGGUGGGAGGCACAAGCUGGGGAAUCCCCAAGGGAACCCCCAGGGGAAGAAGGCUCAGAGCCUGAGGAGUAGUGGUGGGAUGAUAACAGGUGGACAGAGGGAGCAGACAAGGAGGAGGAGGUGUCGGAAGCAGAAGAGGUAACAGGGUUUAGUGAGCAGGGAGAUUCGGUGGCAGAGAGAAGUCCAGAAUUGGAAGCAGCAGUGGAGGGAGCCCAAAAGGCAGAGAUGAAUCAGGCUGGUGAGGAACCCAGGGUGUCUCUCUCUCUCUCCUGCUGCACCAAGCUCCCCUCCCCCAUGGUCUCCCAGGACCAGAAGAGGUAUGAAGAGGGAAGAGCAGAGAGAGGCACAUUGGUGUAGUCUCAGAUUGUCUGGGAAGGAUCUGGGAGAGGAGGGGACGUAAGCAGCUGUGGGAAGGCAGAGACAUUCAGCCUCCACAACUGCCUCAUAAAGGCAAGACCAACAGAAAAGUGUUGCUGUGCUCAUUAGGCCUGGCUCCCCUGAGCAGGCAUUUCUUCAGAUAAAGAGUUAACUGCUCCCUGCUCUAGCCAUUCCUUCCUUCCCUCAGAGAGCUACUGAAAGAUUCCCCUUUCCUUGUGUUUGGUCUGCAGGCUGUAUGUGGAGUCGGCACGAUGGCUGGCAAUUUCAGGAAAACACGAGCAGGCAGUGAAAGGCCUCAAGAGAGCCGCCCAAAUAAACGGGAAGAAGAAUGAAGGAGACAAACUUAGUGUGGAGGUACAUCACGCUGGGGAUGCAGGACAAGGAAGAAAUGCAACUUUUUGCACAGGCACAAAAUUAGGAAGCAGCCAUGUGUGCAACGGCCCUAGCAAACUCAUCAGUAGAGUUCAAAUUCAGGCCUCCCAUCCUGAGACACCUGAGGACUGGCUGCAGUUGGCUGUGAUGGAAAGGUACUCUGAGCAUGCUCAGAAGUAUUAUUUCAUAUAUCCCUAGGGCUCAGCCAUUUCAGUUCACUUCACUUAGUUAUUCAUUUUUCAUUCAUGAAUGUUGCCAAAUAAACUCAUAUUUAGCUAACCAUGAGAUCGUUUGGCCAUUAUGAAUCCAGCUUGGGCGAGUCCCUCAUUUGCCAACAUAUUUUGAUGCCUUUCAACUAUUUCAUUCCACUUUUAAUUUGUGUACCACCUUUUUAUAUAAGCUAUGCAUGAGCUUGCUAGAUUAAGAUUUGAUUUCCAAAGCAAAACGCUUUGCUGCACAGCUCAGGUUCAUUGUCAGCCAACUUGUGUCGGGAGCUGUAAAGCAUUUCAUGACCCUGUUUUCUCAUUCUGCAACAAGUCUUGGGAGACGAAGUGUCGGUGGAUUAGGCUAUCUGUGGCUAUAGGCCAAGAUGGCUAUGUUCUGCUUCCACAGUCAGAGGCAGCAUGUCUCUGAAUGCCAGUUGGUGGGAAUCGCAGGUGGAGUUGUGGCUGUGCUCAGGUCCUGUUUAGAGGCUUUCCAGAAGAGGCGACUGAUUGGCCACUGGGAGAACAGAAUGCUGGCUUGGAUGGGCCUUGGGCCUGAUCCAGCUGCAGGGCUGUGUUGGUGACCUUCUGUCCCCUGCUUGGUUUAUCCCAACUUUGCUCUCUUCCUGCUCAGGUUUUGAAAUCCAGCAUGCAAAAGGAGCUCUCUUCCGCCACCAAAGCCAGCCACGGCAUGGCCGACCUGGUGUGGACACCUGCCAUUCGCAGAAUCUCCUGCGGGAUCUCCCUUGUCUGGCAAGUGCCUUCUUUUCUUCUUCUUGCUGGGGCAAAAAAAAAGGAACACAAACUUUGCCCCCCCCCCCAUGCAAUGUCGGGGACUGGCUGGAUAAAGAGGAGCACUAGGAGGUUCCAACCGAAGAACUCCCCCAGGAAAACAGCAGAGGAGGAAGGCUCACAGCCAAGAUUGUGGUGGUGGGACUCUGGAGACAGGUCAGAGAUGGAGGGAGGCUGGGAGGCGCAAGGAGCAACAGGCUCGAGGGAAAGAGAAGAGCCUGAGGCAGAAAGCCCUUUGAGAGCAAGACAGAGUAAUAAUAAUAAUAAUUUAUUAUUUAUUCCCCACCCAUCUGGCUGGGCUUCCCCAGCCACUCUGGGCAGCUUCCAACAAAAUAUUAAAAUACCGUAAUACAUCAAACAUUAAAAGCUUCCCUAAACAGGGCUGCCUUCAGAUGUCUUCUAAAAGUCUGGUAGUUGUUGUUCUCUUUGACAUCUGGUGGGAGGGCGUUCCACAGGGCGGGCGCCACUACCGAGAAGGCCCUCUGCCUGGUUCCCUGUAACUUGGCUUCUCACAGUGAGGGAACUGCCAAAAGGCCCUCGGGGCUGGACAGUGUCCAGGUAGAAUGAUGGGGGUGGAGACGCUUCUUCAGGUAUACUGGUACAGAUAUAUGGGUACAGAGAGAGAGAGAAAUCAGGCCCUGGACCUGAAAGAGAGAAGGUGGAAAGGACAAAAGCUGCACCAGCUUUGCAGCAGCUGCCCGGUCCCUCUGUGUUGAGCGUCCCUCCCGUUUUGACUCCAAAGCCAUGCAGGGCUUUACAUAUAGCCGAACAGAAAGCUCAGAAAGGUCAAGGGCCUGCCAGAGUUUGAACCAGUUUGGGAGACAUCCAGAGGAGAAGAUUUAGGGGGAAGGAGGAGGAGCCAAGAGCUAGUCCUGGCAACGUUGCCACUGAGAGCAGCCAUGCCUGUGUGCUCCCUGCUUGUAUGCUAUUUUCUUGAAUCAAAAGCCAGCUUUACUUUGAGUCUCUGUUCUAACUGGCCAAUGACCCAGCCCUGACAUGCAAGCAAACAAAUAGGGGGUGCAAAAGGGGGGGGGUGUUGGAAUAAGGAGAAUGCAGAGGGGCUGAAUGAAUUAUUUGCAUCUGUCUUCACAGUGGCAGGUGGAGGGUGGAUACCUGAACUAUCUUUCUCAAGAAGGAAGUCUGAGGAAUGGGCCUUUUCAGUGUUGGCUCCCUGUUUGAGCAAUGCUUUCCCUAGGGAUGGUGCCAGGCACCAUCAUUCACGCAUCUCUGAAUUUUGAAAGGCAGUUCUCCAGCCGGGUAAUGUGUACACACACGCAUAUACUAGGGCAAAGUGUGCACUAAAAUGCCUAUAUUAGUAAAAAUCACAUACAACACUGUAUUCUCCAGGGGGAAAUUGCUUUACGAAUAUGUGCAAAAUCACAUACAAAUGUGACUCUUUGGAGAAAUCCACACUAAAUGGCUGGUGAAUUUUCGCAAGAUUGCUUAAAAAUAAAAUAAAAACUGCAAACUGAUAUGGAAAUGUGGAGAACGGAAUUUAAGAUUGGAGAGAAAGAACUGUCAGAAACUGAAACCAACAGAUUAUUGGAAUCCAUUUCAGACAAGACAGGAAGACAAGACAGGACAUUGUUGGCAAGCAAGGAAGUUGGGGGCAUGUUGGUUGAGCAUCCUGACUUGUGAUCUGUCACCCCAGGUUCUCCACCGCCUUUGCCUAUUAUGGGCUGGCCAUGGACCUGCAGAACUUUGGCUUCAACAUCUACCUAACCCAGCUGGUCUUUGGCGCUGUUGACUUCCCAGCCAAGCUGGCCUCAGUGUUGACCAUCACGUUUGUGGGCCGCCGAUUCUCCCAGGCUUCGUCACUUAUCCUGGCAGGGCUUUGCAUCCUGGCCAACAUCUUUGUGCCUUCAGGUGAGGAUCUUGUUAUGAGCGCGGCACAGAAAUUGUGCAAAGAUAUAGUGUCUCCCCUCCCCACUGGCCUCAAUCCCAGGCAUAAGAAGAGUCCUGGUGGAACAGGUCAAUGGUUCACCCAGUCCAGCAUCCUGUUCUCACAGCAGCCAGCCAGAUGUUCCAAUGGGAAGCCCAAAAGCAAAACCUGAGCAACUCUCCCUACCUCUAGUUUCCAGCUAUUGGUGUUCAGAUGCAUAUUUCCUUCAAGAGCAGAGCUUCAGCAUAGCCAUUGUGGCUACAUGCCAUUGGUAGCCUUAUCCUCUGUGAAUUUUUGCUUCCAACUGACAAUUCUCUCUUAAUUCUUAGAUCUGAGCAAUCUGCGAAUGGUUUUUGCUGUGAUCGGCAAAGGCUCCCUUGCAGCCUCCUUCAACUGCGCCUACAUCUUCUCCGGAGAGCUUUUCCCAACUGUGGUCAGGUGGGUCAAAGGGAGUCCUGGAAACCUACAAUGCAAAAUUCAGAUAACUGUGAAGGCUAGCUGUGUUUUGGUUUGUGUAUUGUUUUGAAAAGUGUGUUUAAGGUAGAUUUGCCUUUAAAUGAAAACGGAACUUCUCCUUCAUCCCCAUUGAAAAGUGUGGAAUUAAUUAAUCAUUAAGAGGAAGACGUACAAACGCCUCACAAGCAAGUCAUGGCGAAUGCAUUGUUGUAUAGUCUCCCUGCCAACAAAUCAGAAUGAAAAGUUCAGUAAAGCUGUCUAGCUGCCCCUUAAGCUUUGUGUGAGCAAAUCAAGAUGACUGCUCAACAAACAGGUCAUCUGGAAGAGCCCUGCAUUUUUAUUUUGUAUCUUGUGAUGCUGCCCUAGAAAACUCUAAGCAAACUGACGGUCAUGCAAUCCACAUUCAAACCAGAAGCUCUAGAAAGAGCUGAAAACUGCAGAUCUUCACAUCAGUUUCCUUUCCUGCCACAGGCAAUCGGGGAUGGGCCUGGGGGGUACCAUGGCCCGUGUGGGUAGCAUGAUAGCCCCUCUGGUGAAGAUGACUGGGGAAAUAUUCGCACCGUUGCCGCUGAUAAUCUAUGGAACGGCCCCCAUUAUCUCUGGCAUUGCUGCCUGUUUUCUACCAGAGACCCGGAAUGUCCCACUUGCAGAGACAAUUGAGGAAGUGGAGAGACGGUGAGUUUCAAAAUAUAUCUAACGCUUUGGGGAGGUUUCUGCCCUGGUGGCCCUGCCCUCAAAUUGGGCUGGCUAAGGACAAAAACAGGGAUGCGGGAGCUCCUGUUGCUCAGUCCCAGCUCCUGCCAACCUAGCAGUUCGAAAGCACGUCAAAGUGCAAGUAGAUAACUAGGUACCGCUCUAGCAGGAAGGUAAAUGGUAUUUCCGUGGGCUGCUCUGGUUUCGCCAGAAGCAGCUUAGUCAUGCUAGCCACAUGACCCGGAAGAACUGUUUGUGGACAAAUGUUGGCUCCCUCACCCAGUAAAGCAAGAUGAGUGUCGCAACCCCAGAGUCGGCCAUGACUGGACUUAACUGUCAGGGGUCCUUUACUGUCAGGGGUUCUUUAAGAAAGAAAAAAGAAUUCUAUAUACUACUCAGAGACACUUAAAAAAAAAAAAGCACCCCCUCCCUUCUUUAACUGAUGAAUUUAUAAGACUUUUAGGCUGGAAUCCUAUACACAUUUAAAGAUAAAGGGACCCCUAACCAUUAGGUCCAGUUGUGGCCGACUCUGGGGUUGCGACGCUCAUCUUGCUUUCUUGGCCGAGGGAGCCGGCGUAGAGUCAUGUGGCCAGCAUGACUAAGCUGCUUCUGGCGAACCAGAGCAGCGCACGGAAAUGCCGUUUACUUUCCCGCUGUAGUGGUACCUACUUAUCUACUUGCACUUGAUGUGCUUUCGAACUGCUCGGUUGGCAGGAGCCUAUACACAUUUAGUGAACAGUAAAUGCCUUGUGGGAUAUCUUUGGGAGAAGAAAAGGCAAAGGAGUAAACCCUACACAAAUCCAGAGUGGAGUCUCUAAGACGGUUAGAUAAACAUGCCCAUCUCCUUCUGCCAUUUCCGCAUAGGGCAUGAUCACUGUCCUUGCUACCUCCUGUAUUGCUUAUUUCUGUACAAUUGCUUUUACUUUUAAGGUCAAGACCCCUCCGAGAGGAUGAACAACAAAUGAAGGUUCUUCUUGCCUCCACCAAGUCUGAUCCCAUUAAAGAUGGUAGCUAA